AAAUCUCCAUUCCCUCACAAGCGCAGGCACAUCUCUUUUUUCCCCCACUUGGAGAACGCGAAUCGUCGUCCUCCCCCCAAAAAACAGCUUUUCGCGAAAAGGCCAUGCAAGUUCUGCUCGAGAAGCCGUCGCAGAGGCCGCGUCUCCCGCAGAGAUCCGUCUCGUUCGCCGGAGAUACUCGGGGAAGCCGUAGGUGCUCCCCACCGGCUGCGUGCCCGCAGCGUCGGCCCGCCUGCACGUGCUCGAGGAAUCCUGGGUCUGUCCAGUGCGGCCGCCACGGGUACGUCGUGCCCGACGAGAAGGCGGUGAAGAGGAACCAGGCGAGCAAAGAGGUUCUGAGGAGGGCCUUGGCGCCGCCGGCUCGCCGGUUCAGCCUCCGGAGGUGGAGUUUCAGGCCGACGCCUAGCAGGCUCUCCACUAUGUCGACGGCUUAAAGUGCUUGUUUCGUUGUUUUCGCAUGUUCUGAGGGGGAUCAAGGUCCGGGGUGCAGUGAGUGUAAAGUGGGGUUUAGGUACAUGACAUUUGUGAAGUGAUUUCUCCAUCGCCCAAGGGACGAGUUCCAUGUAAAUCGCAUCAAUUUUGAUCUUUAAGGAUAUUGUAGCAUGGCCUUAA